CGCUGAGGACGCGCGCCAUGUUUCAAGGGCAGCAGGGCUGGUUCUGCCGCAGCGUCAGCGGCCAUCUCAGGCAGUUUUGGGUGGCCGAAGGCGGGAAGAUCAGUGACGCGAGGGCCGCGGACUUCCUGUUCAGCUGCGAUGCUUCGCACCCCGACACGCUGAGAAUAUACCAGAGCCUUGAUUACAUAGAAGAUAAUGCUACAGUUUUUCACGCCUAUUAUCUCUCUGCAGUCGCUAAUGCUGAAAUUAAAAACUCCGUGGCUUUAGGUCAUUUCAUUCUUCCUCCUGCAUGCCUGCAAAAAGAAAUAAGAAGAAAAAUUGGUGAUUUUAUCUGGGAACAAGACCAACAUUUUCUGAUAGAAGAGCAUGAAAUAACACCAAGUGAAACAAAGGCCCUUAGGGAAAGUAGUGAACUAGCAAAAGAUCACAAAAAAGCGUUAUCCAAAAGCACAGAAGAGCAUUUUGUAAAGACUCCAGUUGCAGAAAAGCAGAUGUACUUCCCUCUUCAGAAUUAUCCAGUGAACAACAUGGUAACAGGUUAUAUAUCAAUUGAUGCCAUGAAAAAAUUCCUUGGGGAACUACAUGACUUCAUUCCUGGAAGCUCAGGAUAUUUGGCAUACCAUGUUCAAAAUGAAAUCAACAUGUCUGCUAUAAAAAACAAAUUGAAGAGGAAAUGUUAAGUUAAAUUAUGCUUAUGUCUGGGCAUUUAUUCUCUUGUAAAAGUACUAUCAGAUAUAUACAUGAUUUACAAUUCUCCCCUUUGGGACUGGGGAAUAAGGAAAUGGGUAAGAAUUAGAUUCUCUUUCUUCCUCAAAGUGUGUCUUCAGGAAUUUAGAAUCAUUUUGAUAUUUAGGCUGGACUUCUCCCCCAGCUUGUAACAUUAUGGUAACAAAUUCUGAGUGCAAGUUAUGGAGUAGUUGUCAUUCAAACAUACUUCCUAAGCAUUCUCUCUCUCAAAUAUUCUUUCGACAUUAACAUUCCAUGAAUUAAUAUAUACUUUUGCAAGUUUAAUGCUGUAAAUGCUAAGUUUUAUGAUUUUGGUCAUCUUAUUUUGAUUAAAAAAUUAGAACAUUAUAGUUGAGUUCUGAAUUACUAUUUGUAGCUUGCAAAUAUGUAGUAAAAUAAUUAUUCAGAUUUCAUGUGUGGUCAUUUUCUGAUAAUAAAUGCAUCAAAAGUGCUUUAAUAUAAAGAGAUAUUUUACAUUUGAUGUAAACAAGUGUAUGUCAUUUGAAAUGAACCUGCAAGGUUCUUUAGAAUCACAGUGCUUGAAAGGGCCUUAGAGAACAUUAUGUCCAACCCAUUUAUUGUUUUUAAUGACUAAAUGAAGGCUGUCUUGCCUAAAUGGGAGCCAAACCAGUAGAGGAACAUAACCCUUCUGAUUUUCUUGGCCAGUACUUUUCUACUCUCCUAUAUGGCAUAUGCUGAGGCACAUCAUGUAUAACAGACAACAGAUCUGCAAAGGAGACCCAGAAAUAGGCCAGCAUGUUUGACUUGUGUUUUAAAUACACUGAAAUGGUAUUGAGAUGUAGUGAUUUCAAGAAGGCAACGUCUUAAUUUUAUUCAUAUGGUCAUGCUCUAUAGAACCCAGUUGAUUUGUUAAAUUUUGGCCAUUUGUAAAUGACAUUAUUUGUGAAGCUUAUUAAAACUGUACUUUCUCUUAGGAAGUAUAUAUCAAAUGUACAAUUAUCUAAAGAAAAUGCACUUUUUUCAGUGUUUGGAUUAUUUCAUUGUAUGUGGGCCCUGGCCUUUCUCUUAUUACUCAGAUCUCACAAUAUAAAAAUUUAACAUCAGGGCCUCCCCAGUGGCGCAGCAGUUGAGCGCUGGGUUGCAGGGCUGCCUGCAGCCUUGGCAGCGCCAGUUCGAUCUCCAGCCGCCGGGCGAGGGUCCCACAUGGCCCCAGACCUCUCCUGCUGCGCCCACUGCUCCCCUCAGCAGUGUAUCGUCAGUCUGCCUGUACUGUUUCCCACUCUGGCUUUGGUGAAUUCGCUCACCCUCCCGCACUUCUACUGUGCCCAUGCUUGUAUAAAUAAAUAAAUAAAUCUAAAAAAAAAAAUUUAACAUCAUCAGCAUUAGAAAGUUCUAUUUUUCCCAUAUGGUAAAAUUUCCUUCUUUAUAUUCAUAUUUGUGGUUAAACUCUUCUGAAUUGCAAAAUUAAAAACUAAAUGUUAAUUAUUUUUUCCUAAAACAUAUUCUCUCUCCUGAAUACUGUAUAUUAGUCACAUUCAGUUGAUUAUAUUUCUUAUAUAGAAACUAAGCCUUUUAAU